AUGCCACCACCACCACCACCACCACCACCAAAAGCUCCACCACCACCAGCAGCAGCUCCACCAAAAACUCAAGAAAGAUCUGCUCUCUUAAGUUCAAUUCAUAAGGGCGCUAAAUUAAAGAAAACUCAAACAAAUGAUAGAUCCUCUCCACAAACUACAGCACCAAAACCAUCACCAGGAGGCGGUGGCCCAAUGGGAAUGCCAAUGGGAGGAGGUAUGCCAAAACCAUCAGGAGGUGGUCAUUCAGCACCAUCAGGUGGUCCACAAUUAGGUGGUUUAUUUGCUGGCGGUAUGCCACAAUUAAAACCAUCAGGUGGUACAUUAAAGAAGAGUGCUCCACCACCAAUGAUUUCACCAGUUAAAGCAUCUCCAGCUCCACCAUCAUUCAAAGCUCCAGCUCCAUCACCAGUUGCACCAUCAUAUAAAUCACCAGCUCCACCAUCAUUCAAAGCUCCAGCUCCAUCACCACCAUCAUUUAAAGCUCCAGCUCCAUCACCACCAGUCUUAAAUAAACCAGCUCCACCAAUGAUGAAACCAACUCCACCAACACCAUUUAAUAAAGGUCCAGCUCCACCACCAGCAAGACCACCACCACCACCAGCCAGAGGUGGCGGUAAUGACGAUGAGUUAAGAGCUGCUCAAGAUCAAAUUCAAACAUUAGAACAUCAAUUAAGAGAUGCUCAAUCAAAGAUUCGUCAAUUAGAAUCUGAAUUAAUGGCUGCUAAAAAAGCACCUGUUGCCCCACCAAAAAGAACUGCUACUGCAUUAUACGAUUACGAUUCAGCUGAAUUUGGAGAUCUCUGUUUUAAAGCUGGUGAAGUUUUAAAUAUUAUUAAAGUAGAAGGCGAUUGGUGUACAGGUGAAAAACAAGGUAGUUUACCAGUAAAUUAUGUUCAAUUUAAUUAA